AUGCAGGAUCGGUUGCGAUGCAGACGCUGCCACGCGACCCUGUAUUUUUGUCCCUGCUGUGGCGCCGCCCUCAACGCUGCUCGCGAGGUCACCGCGAAGGGCCAUCACCGCCCCCUCACCCCUCUCACCGCAGCGACUGUCCAGAGUGAAGCCGGCAAUGCCGUAAAAAGCGCAUGGAUGCAGCACCUGCCUGCUCGGCCGGUUAGCGCCUAUGAAGUCUAUGAAGCAGAGCAACUCGAUGCACUGCGCGGCAGCAGUGGCGCUCUCGCGAGCCCAGCAGCAGAUAGCGGCGGACCUAAGAUGCAGUACGAUGCAGAGUGUGCGUCUCCCCACACGCACACCACAGUGGACGCGUUCAAGUCCGUCGAUCCAACCUCAGCGUCCACACAGGAGGGACAGAAGCACCAGCGAAUCAUCGCCGUCGCCUGGCUGCGACUUUCCCCUCCAGAAAAACAGCAUUAUGAAGAGGUGGCGCAGUGGUGGGCAGGUGAGUUGCAAGAGAAAGCACGUAAUGAGCCGCACACAUCGCCGCCGGUGCAUGCAGGACUGUCGGCUACAGAAAGGAACGGUGUGGCCGAUGUGCCUGCCGCGGCCGCUGUCUCUGCGGACGCAACUACCGCUUCCUCCGCAUGUCAAGGCGGGUGUAAGCCAAUAGCCCGUAAAGUACCUUCCAAGAAGAGCACGCGUGCGUCAGGCGCCGCCUCACGAGCGACUUGUCGAACGUUGACGAGCUUCAACUUGUUUCGGCUAGAGAUGAAAGCCCGCAGGUGGAGCGUGGCAGAGGCGGCGGCCGUGUGGCAGCAAAUGAGCCCCCAGGAAAAGGGGCGGUACGACGCAGCAGCGGCGAGCUGUCGCACCGAAGGACUUCGUCCUCCACCGCUCCCGCCGUUGUCGUCGUCGCGGUCACCGCUUGCAGCGAGCGCAGCGACGCAGGAGGAGCGCGGAAGCGGGGUGUGA